CCUGGUCCCAGGGAUCGGAUAAAGACCGCAGGAGGGUCGUCGCGCUGCACAGAAGAAACUGAGAGGCGCUCUUCAAACAACCUGAACAGCUGCUCCUUGGUGCCUGCCUCCCAUUUUUUUCCGAGACUUGGGAGGAGAAAUUGAAAAAAAAAAAGACAAACAACAUAUAAGAAUUAUUUGUUUUUGGGGAGAAACAAUAUGAGCAGUUACAAAGUGACCCUUUCCGGAUCUGCCCCGUGGGGCUUCCGACUGCAAGGAGGAAAAGACUUCAACAUGCCGCUCACCAUCUCCAGGAUCACCCCCGGCAGCAAGGCGGCGACGGCCAACCUGGUCCAGGGUGACAUCAUUGUGGCGAUUGACGGGGUCAGCACAGAGGGCAUGACCCACCUGGAUGCCCAGAACAAGAUCAAAUGCGCCAGCUACAACCUGGCCCUCACCAUGCAGAAGUCGAAGCGCCCCGCCCCAGUUCCCACAGCUACCCCCCGAAUGGACUCCCCCAUGUCAGUCAUCCCACACCAGAAGAUCCUCCAAAUCAAUGGCAGCCCAUCAGUCUGCAAUACCACCUCUGGGCAGCUAGGGGCUCCCAACGAGACAAAUUCCUUCAUCAGCAACAAGCAAGAGACCGGCCAAUCACAUAGCCUGACUCUCACUAAGGACGGAACUCCGUCUCCCUCUAAAAGACUGUCAUGGUCGGCUCCCGGAAGUCCUGCCUGCAAACCUGCCUCCGGCCAGAGGGGGCAGUAUAACAAUCCCAUCGGGCUUUACUCCGCGGAGACCAUUAGGGAGAUGACAGAGGCACAGGGCAGCUUUAAAGGAAGGGUCUCCGGAGUUCCGUCGCGUAUGCUCCCAGUUAAAGACCCUCUCAUAGACAGUGCCUCCCCAGUCUAUCAGGCUGUGAUCCAGAACCAGGGUAAGGGGGCGGACCAGGAGAUGGAGGAGUGGUCUCGCCGUUCUGCCAACCUGCAGUCCAAAUCCUUCCGCAUCCUGGCCCACAUCACAGGAACCGAGUACAUGCAAGACCCAGAUGUGGAUGCUCUGAUGAGAUCAAGGGAAAAGUUUGAAACGGAAGUAAAAGGCCCGCGUUUUGCUAAAUUGAAAACCUGGCACAAUGGCCUGUCUGCGCAAAUCCUUAACGUUUAGAGUUACAGUUGAGAUUUGAAAAGGAGGAAAGGGAGCAAGUUUGAGGAGGAGGAGAGAAGUUCUGAACUAGAGGCGUGUUGAUGGUUGUGUUUGAGAUUUGAAAGGGAGCGGGUUUGAGGAGGGUAGUUCUGAACGAGGAGUGUUUAGCCUCUGUGAUGUGGGUGGUAGAAGAGCUAAUCAGUUUUGCGAUUGUUUGUAGUCAGUCUGUUCUGUGCUGUAUAUCCCUCUGCAUUGCAACACAGCAGCUCUCAGCUCCUUUUUAAGCUGUGGAUUUUUUUGCAUUUUUUUAUUUCUUUUUAUACAACGACAUUAGGAUUUGUCAUUGUAUAAAAAGAUAGGAAAUAUAAAUGUAAGAAAGUCUAUAGAGCUUUUCCUUCCCAGUUUGAAUAUUCAAAAUAAAGAGAAAGAUUUUGGCAGGCUUUCCCUUAUUGUGUAAUAUUGUGUAUUAUAAUGUAACCCUCUCCCCACCCACCACCACCACCACCUUUUUUAGACUGUGCCAUUCACUUGCUCUUAAUUCGCCUUGUCCAUUUAUACUCUAAGGGGCGCCAACCAGAGCUUUAAAAUCCAGUUGUUUACUUUCAUAUUUGCAUGAACAAACCUUACCACUGGCCCCACGUUUCUUGUGUUUAAAAUCUGUUAAUGUUCUUUGCUUUGUUUUAGGGACAUUAGUUUUAACGACCUAGUACAAAGCUACAGUUUAAAAAAAUGAAAAAUAAACUGCUGCUUCCUGUGCUGUAGGUCACAGGGUGCGGUUGAAGCUGGACCAUUGUUGUGAGUUUGAAUACAUCAUAGGAGGCAGCAGCAGUUUUCAUGUGAAAAAACAAUGGAUUUUGAAACUUGUUUGUCACUCCUUUUCAAUGGUGGCUAAUUUUCUGAUUGCGUACUUUGCAGUACACUAGUUUUACUGUUUCAUCCCAAAAUUGAUGCCACCUCAGUGUCGUUAUAAUCACUGAAAGAAAUUGUCUGUGAAUAUGAGUGAGGUAGCCAGCAUUUUAAUUGGAGAAGCUGGAUUGUGUUGGGCGUGUACUUGCUAGCAUUUUAAAACACACUUUCCUACCGAAGAUUCUUUCCUGGGUCAUGCAGCCCAGUGUUUAUUCGACGAAGUCUCUAGAUCCAGUGUGCACAUGUCGAAGAGCUUCCCUCUGUCUGUGUGUCUGUCUGUGCUGCGGAGGACACACAGAGCAGAGGGAGGGAGGCAGGCUCUUGUACUCACUGUGAGCAGCACUCCACCUCCCUGGUUCAGAGACUUCCAGCACUGCUUCAGCUCCGCUAUGAUCGUACACGCUGUUGCAGCUAAUAAGAGGCAGGAAUGUUUCUUUUAAAAUGCUGGGAAAUACACCUUGAAAGGAACUCAAAUGUACAUCAAAGUACCUUUACUUUUAAUUGUCUAUAUGUGGCCGAAAAAUACAUAUUCAGAAGUGUGGCAAUUACAGCCGCAUUUUGUAAAAAGCAUUCGAUGCUAACAUUUAUAUAUUGUCAGGCAAAUUCAAUGAAAAAGAUGCGUGCGUGCAAUAUGAUAUGUUUUACCCAAAGUAUUGUGAAAGACAGGAUUUAUUAGAAACUGAUCAAUCACUUGACUGAAGCUGAUAAAACGUGCUGCUGUUUUGAGAUUAUUAAAGCAGUUAAAAAAACGAAACAAGGGGGUAGGCAUUUUUUUUUGAAGUGUGAAGAGUACAAUAAGAGAAUUGCUUAAUUGCUUUUGACCUGGAACCGAAACACUAAUUGUGAAAGUUAAUUUGCAAGCUGCCAGAUAAAGAUCAGCUAAAAAGAUUAGAGGAUAGAACUGGGCUCAGCCUUUGAAUCAGACAGAUGGCACACCUGAUUUAACUUCUUUUUAAUUCAGUUUUUCUGUAAACUGGCUUAUCUUGCUGCUGUAGCAAGGCAUAAACCGUGUUUCAGAUAUCUCACUUAAAAGUGUAGACGCUUUUUAAAGGUGUACCAGCUAACGUUUUAGAAGCCAGUGAUUUUCGGUCCAUUUUCACUCUUCUGUGAUCAUGGCUGAAAUAAAGUUUAUCUCAUUGUUCCUGCUUGUGUGCUGCUCGUAGCGGGUAUAGAUAGGCUCUCCUACUCGCUGUGUGAACACUAGGUGACACUUUAUUAUUGUGGAUUUGUGGAUUUCCUAUUAGCAAGGAUGUGAAAAGAAAAUGUGAGAAUAACGUAACACUGUGUAGUAAUCAGAUCGUAGGUUGCAGAGGGAUUUUUUUCUUCAUGAAUGAAAGUUUGUGCUGAAUGAAAAGCCGUUGAAUGAGUCGGUGAAGGACAGUGCAGGUUUGUAGAAGUAGAAUUGUUUUCUGAUGUAAAGCACCUGUAUGUGAGGAAAAAACCCAGCUGCACUUUAACUGCUGGAAAAAUUCAAUUGGUAGAAACUGCAUGGCUAGACUGCAGCUUAGCUGCCCUAUAACAGCUCUAGUUUUAAGAUCAGCGUAAUUCUGUUAUAUUGCAUUUACAGUCCAGUUGAUCCACAGUCUAAUGACACUUUUUUUCCAGUUUCCUCUACAGUUAAACUUCAGUUCCUUUUCAUAUGGGCGGGCACUCUGUUAUAGUCUUUGCUUAAACUCUGGAUGUGUGGGAGAAAAUGAUUUUAUAAAAAUAGAAGAUCUAGAAUGUAUUCGAACCCCUCAAAACCUCAGUGAUCUCACUGUUCAGCACCGUGUAGCGGGUAAUAUUGAUAUUGGUGGGUUUUGCCGUGGGUUAUGGUUGAUUCUGAUAUAAGUGGUUGGUACAGACUUGUGUAAAAGGCCGCUUUGUCUGGAAGCUGGAAGUGGGGUUCGUUGUCACUAGAAGUGUGUUGAUACUCAUACUCCAAGCGCCUUAAAAAGAAGGAUACGUUUUACCCUUAAGUAUAUACAUUUGAAUUCCUCACCAGAAUGACCCAGCACACGGUAAUGCACAGGCAGGUUUGUAUUGGUGGUGGGUUGGUUGUUGGGUGCUCUCCCAAAGUUUGUGUCUCGUUUACUUGGCCUAUACUCUCCACUAUUCAAAUACUGCUAUAUUGUGAGGGAGGAGUUUAAAUUGAGGGAAUAAGAAAAGAUCAAGGUAGGUUUUAGACUCCCAUCAAACUAUAGAAAUAUGUUUCAAUGAUUGUGUUUUCAGUACAAAGCCAGUUACCUGUUUGGGAUUUUCCUUGCCUCCUCAGCUUUCCUCCUAUUCAGAGGGGGUGUUGGGUUAGCUGAUUGGACUGGGUCCCUGCCAAAUAAAAUGUGCAACUUUCUACAACGAAUUGCAAAUAAAACCUCAUUUGAAACUCCAACACCCCUUCUUGUUUGGGGGCCCCAGCGAGCUUGCGAGGCACCGUACCCCUUGUGGAUAGGCGGGGAUGUCGAGAGGUUUGCAUGCAAUCUCUAUUUGACUUUUCUGCUGUAGCAUCGAAAUCACCCUGUACAUAGUGGCACUGUUUUUCUGAAAUAAAGGAUAUUCUUUAAACAA